AAGAGAAUAUGAACAACUGAGCGCCUCCUCUGGGCCAGAGACUAGACUAAGGGCGUAGUGUACCUCGUUAACCUUCAAAGUAACCCCCGAGGAAGGCAGUCUGCCAGCUUCAGAGCGGUGCAGACCAGCACUACUGCUCCCAGAGUCCACCAGCACCACCAGCACUCAGUGACGUUUAUCCAACCGGGAGCCUUCCCAGCAGAUGCUAAGGCUCCACAACAGGGUUAACACAACCUCUGCCCGUCAGACACACAGAGAGAUGGGCCAGCCACAGAAGCAGCGAGUACCAGAGAACACUGCAGACAGAUGGAAUGGUAGCAAACACCUCCCCGGCUGAUUCUCCUUAGCGAGAAGGAGUCAGAGCUUGGCCACCCGGUGGCCCUGCUGCCCCAAUGGAUCCACUGAACCUGUCCUGGUACGAUGACGACCUGGAGAGCCAGAACUGGAGCCGGCCCUUCAACGGGUCUGCGGGGAAGGCCGACAAGCCCCCCUACAACUACUAUGCCACGCUGCUCACCCUGCUCAUCUUCAUCAUCGUCUUUGGCAAUGUGCUGGUGUGCAUGGCCGUGUCCCGCGAGAAGGCACUGCAGACCACCACCAACUACCUGAUCGUCAGCCUCGCCGUCGCUGACCUCCUCGUAGCCACGCUCGUCAUGCCCUGGGUGGUCUACCUGGAGGUGGUGGGCGAGUGGAGAUUCAGCAGGAUUCACUGUGACAUCUUUGUCACUCUGGACGUCAUGAUGUGCACAGCAAGCAUCCUGAACCUGUGUGCCAUCAGCAUCGACAGGUACACGGCUGUGGCCAUGCCCAUGCUCUACAACACGCGCUACAGCUCCAAACGCCGAGUCACCGUCAUGAUUGCCAUCGUCUGGGUCCUGUCCUUCACCAUCUCCUGUCCGAUGCUCUUUGGACUCAACAACACAGAACAGAGCGAGUGCAUCAUCGCCAACCCCGCCUUCGUGGUCUACUCCUCCGUCGUCUCCUUCUACGUGCCCUUCAUCGUCACCCUGCUGGUCUACAUCAAGAUCUACGUAGUCCUCCGGAGGCGCCGGAAGCGGGUCAACACCAAGCGCAGCAGCCGGGCUUUCAGGGCCAACCUGAAGGCCCCACUCAAGGGCAGCUGCACUCACCCCGAGGACAUGAAACUCUGCACCGUUAUCAUGAAGUCUAAUGGCAGUUUCCCUGUGAACAGGCGAAGAUUGGAGGCUGCGCGCCGAGCCCAGGAGCUGGAGAUGGAGAUGCUCUCCAGCACCAGCCCACCCGAGAGGACCCGGUACAGCCCCAUCCCGCCCAGCCACCACCAGCUGACCCUCCCCGAUGCGUCCCACCACAGCCUCCACGGCACUCCUGACAGCUCCGCCAAACCCGAGAAGAAUGGGCAUGCCAAAGACCACCCCAAGAUUGCCAAGAUCUUUGAGAUCCAGUCCAUGCCCAAUGGCAAAACCCGGACCUCGCUUAAGACCCUGAGCCGCAGGAAGCUCUCGCAGCAGAAGGAGAGGAAAGCCACCCAGAUGCUGGCCAUCGUGCUUGGCGUGUUCAUCAUCUGCUGGCUGCCCUUCUUCAUCACACACAUCCUGAACAUUCACUGUGACUGCAACAUCCCACCUGUCCUGUACAGCGCCUUCACGUGGCUGGGCUACGUCAACAGCGCCGUGAACCCCAUCAUCUACACGACCUUUAACAUCGAGUUCCGCAAGGCCUUCAUGAAGCUCCUGCACUGCUGACCCGCUGCCCACUUCCCUGCCAGGCGCCGGCUGCAGUCCCUAGGAGCCCUGGGCGGGAGGGUGUGGGGUGGACUUCCCUUUGCCUGGCAGGCCCUGUAGUGUUAGCUUGACACCACGCCCCACACUGUCGGAAUACCCUCACUCUGCCAGGGCAGUGUAGAGAGCCAGGCGUGGUGCCAGCCCUUGGGCUGGACCCGGUGGCUCAGGGGCAGCUCUCAGAGCUCCCCUCCCACUUCCAGACCCUUCUCUUUGGCACCAAAGACAGGGCAGCCCGCUCUGGCCUUUCUCGGGAGCUGGUGUUGCAGGGGCCAGAGUCAGGCUCGAGGCUGGGCCCUCUGCUGGGCUCAGCCUGGUCCCCACAGGUUUGUGCUGGAGGGGACGGUGGGGAGACAUGGACGCUUCAUAGCCCACGAGGCCCACACCAGGGCUCUUGCCAAGGCCCCAGCUAACCUCCUUCUGGGAAGACCCAUGUAAAUACCAGACCACAGAAUGAACCCCAGGGAAGCCCAAGCCAAAAGUCUUCACUCUCCUGCCCGACAGGAGCCUCUACUUCCCUCAGAGACCACCCCUCAGCUCACCCUGCCGCCUCCUGAUGGACUCAGGUGAACUUCUUGUAGCAAAUGUUAGGCCAGCCUGGGGCAGAGGGUGAAGAUGGCUGGGACUAUGUCUGGGGCCUGGAUGGGGGUGUCUGAGGUUCUUUGGGGGCUGCCUCCUGCCAUACUAUGCCACAAACCCACUUUCCUUUUCCUUAGCCUCUUCUCUUUUCCCUCCCCCUUCCCUCCCACUGCGGGGGCCUCCGAGGAGCCCUGCUGAGGGAGGAGCCCUGGCCUGAGCUGGGGGAGCCCCCGGCCCCAGGCUCUGUAACAUCACUACACAUGCUCCACACCAAUAAAACUUUGACAAGUCACCUGGCGGCCCCUUGGGGACGGGCACGGUGCCAAUGGGCACGGCGCCACCUUGUCCUUCGCCUCAGAGGCAGCCAAGCCCCGUGUCUGUGCGGGGAGGGUGGAGAGGCACCCUGCACACCCUCCAGGAAAGGGCGGGGGAAAGAAGAAAGGAAGAGGCCCCAGGAGGACCAGGGAAAUGUGUGUGCCUGUGUCUCCCCUCCUCCCGCCUUCUCCUCUCAAGCCGCUGAGUGCCCUUCGUCCUGCUACUGGGUGGCCCUGACCCUCAGCCAUCAACCAAGAUGAAGGCAAGAACAUUUCCCGUGGGAAUCCCAAGCACACCGUGGGCUCCCCUAACCGCCAGAGUGGCAGGGGCUGCCAGAGGGAAGCCAGGCUGUCCCCACAUCCCGCUCCCCGGCUCCAGGGCCCAGCACCCCUGAAGGACCGAUCCUCAGCGCUCUCGCCCCCUGGGGCAGAGGCUCCGUGGAGAAGGCGGCCUUCGCGGUGCCACUGUGCUGUGUCUGUCUGCCCCUUGCCCAUCUUCCGUGUCACAUCAGGGCCCUGUCUGUUUAGGGCAAGUUCAGGAAGCAGGGAGGCCCUGAAGGACGUGGCCUGGUCCCUCCCCUCUGCCUCCAAUCCAAUCACAUCUCCAAGCCUUCUGGGGCCAUGACCCGGCAAGAGAAACAACCCCGUGAAGGAGAAAUAUUCUCAACUUCUUGAGAAUAACAGCAGUGAUGACAAACAAGGAGCCGGCACCCACGGCCCAGCUCGGGAGCUGUCAGGGCAUAAUUUGCAUGCGAAAUGCAGUAUUUUUAGCACCAAAGUUCGGAGCACUUAACUUGCCCUGAACACUUAAUGAUGGACUGGGAUCUUCUCCUUGAACCUGAACGUGGCCCUGAGCUCUGGGAGAAGCUCCUGUCCCCAGGGGCACCCGGAUCCCAGAGGUGGGCAAAACAGUCCCUCAUCUUGCUGGGGGUUCGAUAACCCAGUGCCCACCUUCUGGGGGAGGCACCAGACCCCCAAGGGGGCUAGAAGCGCCAAGGGCCUCUCAGCUGCUGACACCCACACCAUAGCCAACACACCCACAGCACACGCUCACCCAAA